UUACUGUGACUAUUUAAACAUCCAGUUCAAAAAAUGGCGUGUCUGCGGGGUGUAUCCUUUCUUUCUAGGUUCUUGCUUUAUGCAACUUGGUCAAGCAGACGUUUUUCAUCAUCCACUUGCUGUCAGUGAUACAACUGCAGGAAACGGAGAAGCAAAAAAAGAAACGGAGCAUCAUAGAGGACGUCGUCCAUCGGCAACACAUUCUGUAGGGAGUCAAAAGCAACGGAGAAAAUCAAUAAAUUCUUUUGAAUCAAGACAAAAGAACGACCAGGCGGUUCAGUCAAUUCAAGAUAUUAUUGGUGACAUAAAGAGAAUACCUCCAGUAUCCUUUAGCGAUGAUCACUUCUGGAAACGCGGCCGUCGUCACUCGGAACCUCAUGGUCGCCAUAUGCUAUCCAAAAAAGCAGACACUCUGCAUAGGAUCGAGGAAGUCAAAGAGAAGGAUGAGAAUGAACAUGUUCAAUUAGUGUCACCAUCAGAGGAACAUCUGACGAGACGCAACAGGAGCAAAUCAGUACCAAAUACACUACCACCCAUAGAAGAGAGUCAUCGAAAGGCUAUUUAUCCCUCUUAUCUAGACCUUCCCGAAGCACUGGCAGCUAUACGACAACGCAAACUGUUUGCAGGUGUCUUGCAAAUCGACGUACAAGAUAGCUCGGAUGCAAAUGUCGAGUGUGACGAGUUGGAUGCUUUAAUUUAUAUUUAUGGCUCUAGAAAUAGAAAUAGAGCAUUACAUGGUGAUGAAGUGGCUGUGGAAUUGGUUAAUGUAGAAGAUAUGAUGAAUGAAAAAUAUGCAAAGAUGCAGGCACGAAAGUUUAGGCAAAUUCCUUCAGAUGAUGACUUGCUUUGCAGUUCUGAAACUAAUGAGACAAAGGUGUAUCCAAAAUAUUGCGGCAGAGUUGUUUGCAUCCUUGAACGGCCAAAAAACAUGAUUUUUUCAGGAACCUUGUCCUUAUAUCGACCUCUUUCUGCCUACAAAAAACCCACAACAACAGAAAAGCCACAUGCUUCACCAAAGAUCAUCUGGUUUAUACCUAUCAAUAAACGAUUACCACUUGUCGCAGUACCUAUCAAGUUUGCUCCCGCUGAAUUUGUAAAAUACCAUGAAGAAUACAAAAACAGAAUAUUUGUAGGUAGUAUUCAGCGUUGGCCAGCCUCUUCUUUGCACCCAUUUGGCAAUAUUGUAAAGGAAGUGGGCUGGAUAGGCGAAUUGGGUGUACAAUCGGGUGUUCUAAUGGCAGAUCAUCAUAUUAAAGACACGAGCUUUUCUGACACUGUGCUCAGAGCAGCUACAACAAUACCAAAGAAAGUAACACCAAGUGAUCGAAAAGGAAGACGAGAUUUCCAAAAAGAGAAUAUACGUAUCUUUACCAUUGGGUCUUCUGAAAAAGGUGCGGAGGUUGCAUUCUCAGUAUCAGUACCUGAAAAAGCAACUUUUGAAGUCGGCAUCCAUGUAACCGAUAUUGCUCACUACGUCCGUGAAAAAACUACGCUAGAUAAAGCGGCCAGAGAGCGAUCCUACGCUAUUGAGCUGGUAGAACAAACCAUUCCAAUCUUGCCGUCAUCUUUUUUGGAAUCUCAUUGCUACUUAUUACCAAAUCGCGAACGACUUGCCUUUUCAAUUAUGUGUCGAUUUACAGAAAAUGGAACAUUACUGCACGCAUGGGUAGGAAGAAGCAUCGUUCGAUCAAAAGGACAUAUCAAACACGUAAAUACAAGUGGAGAGAAAUCAGAGAUCGAAUCUGAUGCUUUCAUACUUUUGGGUCUAUGUCGUAAACUACAGCGAAACCGUAUAGAACAUGAGCAUGGCUUAAACCUAGCCAAGCAUUAUGUAGCGUUCAAAUUAGGAAAAAGUGGAUAUCCUGAAGAGAUCAUUCAAAUGGACGAAACUGAUGAAGAUGUUCUGAUGAAUGAGCUGCUAAUUAUUGCCAAUAUUGAAGUUGGUCAAAAGAUAUCCAGUAGAUUUCCCGAUCAGGCACUUUUAUACAGGCAAGAGCAGCCGAAGAUGUCAGCAUUUUCGCUGAUUCAAAGCUACUUUAACUCUCAAUGCGACUCUGUACACGAUCUGAUGAAUUAUGUAAACGAAGAAAAAGAUCACAAAAAACAACAAGCAUUAAAUUACGUAAUAAGCAAGGGUCUUCCCAAAUCAAAGUUUUUCAGUGCAGGAUCUGUUGAUAUUGCCAAGUAUAAACAUUUUAUGUAUGGUGCACCACUCUAUGCUCUCUUUACUGAGCCUACACGCAACUAUGCAUCUAUUAUUACUCAAAGACAACUUAUGAUAGCCCUCAAGGGAGGCCAACAAGAAACUGAUAACUUUGAUGCGAUUGAUAAGGUAGCGAGGCACUGCAAUGCUAUAUUAGCAGCCAAACACUCCGCAGAACAAGAAAGUAAAAGACUGUAUACGGCAGCUUUUAUCUACCGCCAAUCUCUCAAGGACAUGAGGAACAAAAACGUUGAAGCUGAAUGCUUAGUAGCUGGAUUUCAAGCACCUGAUGUUAUGUUUCUCUAUUUCCCGACAUAUGGUCUUGAGUUACCAGUUGUAUGUAAUGAAAAAUCAAUGCCUGGUCACGCUUCUAACAGGGGUGUAUAUGAUGCAGACAAGCAAAAGAUGACGCUGACCUGGCAUUCUGAUAAAGAUGACGUUCAGACAGUAAGCUUCCUUUCAACUGUCUCUGUUCAGUUGUCUGUGGAUAUGCAGGCAGCAAUCCCUGUGUUCUUUGUUAAACUUUUGUACAAAAAAUAAAUUUGGUGCGUGUCUAAAACAUUCCACUAACCAAAAUUGAGACCUGCUGCGGCGACACACUCCUGUCGCCGCAGCAGUUCAGUCAUUCAAUAAAUACCAGCUAUCAUUGUGCCAGUUUUAGAAAUUGUAAGCUACACAUUAUGGUCACUA